GGGAGACGCUGAAAACAGGGGGCACUUUUCACUUGUGCUAAUCUACACGAACUACGACGUGGGAAUAUAUUGUAUUGUAGACCUAGACAUUUUAUGUUGAGUUAAGCGAACGAUUUGAUGUUGUAUGAGAGACGAUAAAGGGAAACAUGUAGUUCAUCGGUCAGAGCACUGCGAGCGUCUCUUGGAGCACGUAAACACUGCGCAAACAUAUUACGAAGGAACUAACUUGGUUUAACGUCGACUGGUACACAAGGCAACCAACAUGGACGCCGUGAUGUUUCUGAAGAGGACAUAUGGCAAGAAGAGACGCCAGUCAAAGGAUCAAAAUGGAUUCCCUUUUUGGGAUUACAGAUCUCGGCGAGGGAGCAUGUCAAAUUCGUCAUCAGGGAGUGAAGUUAGUAGCAAUACACCCCGAUCAGAAAGUGAAAACGUCAGCGUCGCCGGCUCCGACACCACCGACUCACGUGACCCCUCCUCGGAUCCUUAUAGGCUGACUGUUCAUUUUCUAGCCAAUCCAGGCAAAGGAGACACUUUGUUGAACUUAUACAAUCCGAUUUUUGAUUGGGUGGAGACAGAUUUGAGAUUAUUUACAGUGACAGAGAGACAGCAGCCCUUGUAUAGUGAUCAAAAUCACGAUGCUUGUUUGACGAUCCCCAGUCUCGCCAUUUUAGCGUUCUUAUAUGAAGACGAACUUCUUGGGAACAAAAAAAUCACCGCCUCCAGAAAGCAUUUCGAAACGGAUCCGUGGAUAUUGCACCAUUCAGAAAGCGUUGGAGCUGGGCGAAUAAACCCAUACCCGCAUAAUAGUCAGGACUUCUUUUUUACCACAGACGACUUUCCCUUAUGGGGUGCAAGACAGGUGCAUUAUGGGAAGGAGCAUAUCCGAUUUCUACGUUUUGUCAGUCAGACAAACUGGGAAGACACGAUAGAUUUUUAUAAACUGAUUUUAGACUGCGAACCAAACGUGGAGAAGUCAGACUUCUGUGCGUUUACCAUAUAUUCUCACACAAAUUACGAUGUGCAGUUUGCACUGAAACGAUUGCCUCAGGAUAUUCACCCCCACCCGACGGACUCUGCCAUUUUGCAGUUCCGUGUCCCAGAUGUAGGUCAGAUCGUACCGCUGUUUCCAAAUGUCUGCAGCCCGCUUUCGGACACGCGGUGGCAGACGAAAGAUCACGAUGGCAACACAAUCAUUUUACAGGUCACAGAGACGCCACCAGUUGUGGGACGCUUUUCGUCGCGGCGGAGCUCCUCAAACACUAAAGUUGGUUUCUUUGUAUGACAGAGAAAUCCGUUAUUAAAGGCUGUAUCGAUAUAGAUAUGUAAUGCGUACAUUUGUUAUUUUGAGCAUCAAAAGGCAGCUGAUAAUUUUACUGAAUAUUUCAAUAGCACUAAAAGUUGUAACCAGGCUUUUUACCCUUUGAUGGCCAAAUAUAUGAAAUUGACGAGGGCAAUUAUUACCAUCGGUAUAAUAUGCAGAGCACAGGGAUUAUUAAAUUGCUUGUUUUCAAAUGUCUGCUUUCGCUUGUUAAACUGUACUGUAUAACACUGUAUUAUACUGU